GUAUAGUCUGUUACUAGUUCUUUUAAGUUGGAUCCUGAUUGUGAAGUUUAUUUUUUUAUAUUUAUUUUGAUACCAAAUUUUUUUUAGUUAAAUUAGUGCAAGAUAACAAUCUACUAUUUUAUAAGUGAUUAGCAGAAAUAUACUUAUCACCUGAAGAUCAUCAUGUUGGGGCUUAUAACAUCCUUAGUAUGCCUCGUGUUUGUAGCAGCGUACAUAUUUUUGAAAAGACGCUACAGUUACUGGAAGAAGCUUGGAGUCCCAGGACCAGAACCAACAAUGAUUAUUGGUAACUUGAAAGAUUUAUUGAGCCUCAAGUUCUCGGAGCCGGACAUGAUGCACGAGUGGUACAAGAAGUACAGAAACGAGCCCUACAUAGGAUAUUACAAAUUCUGGAAGCCGACAUUGUUCGUUAUCGAUCCAGAACUGGUCAAAGCUAUUACUGAAACCGAUUGUAAUCAUUUCAUAGAUCGUCCAACAUUUAUCACUAGUGCAGAAAGCGACGCUGUUUUGGAUUCCUUAUUCAACAUGAGUGGGGCGCGAUGGAAAGCAAAACGGCAGUUAUUUGCAAAAUUAUUCAAUCCGAAACAAUUGAGGGAACUAUCGAACUUAUUGGAGGGACUCAACGAUUCUUUGGUGAAUCAGUUCGAAGAACAGCGCAAGUUGGGCAAUGAGGUUGAUAUGAUCGUGGUAAUGGAACGACAUAUUUUAAAACUCAUCACUGCCUUUUUAUACAGCAUUGAUACGUCCCAGAAUCUAGAUAGGCAAUCCAAGUUAUCGGAAUUAUCUGAAAACUUCGCCCGUCCUUCUAGCUCUACCGUACGCAAAUUUAUAUUCUACGAAGUUUUCCCAAGACUCCACAUUAAAUUGAAACGGGCAGCCUUUCCUCGUUUCUUUUGGGACUUUUUUUCUGCUUUCACUAAUGACCUCUUCAGCACGAGAAAUAACACGAAAAUAGAUCGUGAUGAUUUGGUCACUCUUAUUGAAAAAACGCAACAAGAAGGAAUUCCAGAAGGUGACAGAAUUGGACACCAUGAAGCUGUCGGCCAUGUGUUCGGUUUCUUCAUUGCAGGCCAUCAUACGACGAUGACUUCUGUAAGCCACAUUAUUUAUCAGCUAAGUCUUCACCCCCAGAUCCAGGAGAAACUUCGAACAGAAGUUGACAGUGUCCUCAAAGGCAAAGAUACUAUUAAUUAUGAUUCUACAAGGGAGAUGAAUUAUCUAGAAGCAGUUAUUAACGAAUCGUUACGUUUGUUUCCGUUACUGGGAGUUUUAAAGAGAGGUUGUACUAAAACGUAUAAGGUUAAUGACAAGCUGACCAUACCCAAGGGCAUGGAAGUCAUCCUACCUGCUCGUUCUCUUCAUACAGAUCCUAAAUAUUUCCCAGAACCAGAAAAAUUCAUACCGGAAAGAUUUUUCGAUCCAGAAACACCACAAGCUCUUUUAAUGUCAUUCGGUAAAGGACCAAGAAUGUGUAUAGGAAAAAGGUUUGCAUACAUUGCGAUGAAGAUUAUAAUAGCGAAAAUAAUCUCAGAAUAUAUAAUCUUACCCGGUACUAAGACGAGGAAUCCUGUGGUGUUUGACAACAGCACUUAUUUCAUUACCGUCCAUCCAGUCGACGGGCUACAUAUCAAGCUAGAGAAGAGAAUAAAAUAAAUUGCAAAUGGUUGUCAGCAGUAAAACAUUAUUAUAAAAAUGCUCUUGUACAAAUCAGAAAAAAAUAUCUACACCAAAAAGUCAUUAAUCCAGAAUGUAUUAUUUUAAUGUAAUAAAAUUAUCAAAUAACAA